UCAUCCACGCUGUUCAGUGGUCCGCUGUGUGUUCUUACGUGAAGGUGAUAGCCGCAAUGGCCACUGCCCCGACGAAAACGAGCGAACAAACGAGUUCCAUGACUGUUGCCUCAGGUCCCAAUCCCGAAUGGAGUCGAUUUGAGAUGGGCGACUGCGGUGGGAUGCCCUCUCGGUCGCCCACAUGCCGGUGGUCAGCAGCCGUUCCCUGGUGCACAACGACUUCCCCGUCUGCCGUCGGUGCGGGGGCUUGUUGGCGUCCGGGUUCGGGCAUGAGAUGUGGCCAGAGUCGAGCGGGUUGUCGGUCUUGCCCUCCGCCUUACAGUGUAUCCCCGCGAUGCCUUGGCAGCAGCGGGCAUUCCCUUCCCAGUCUGGAGCAGACACAAGACAUACACACGCACUAUGGUUGCCGUCCACAGGAUCUCUCUCCUUUUUUGUGAAUGCAUCAUGAUCUCACCCUUGCAGACGGUUAGGACGUAUUGAGGUUGAUUUAGCCUGAAUGCAUAUGCAAACAAGGACGGACGGCAUGACAUACUUAUCAUCAACGUGCAGAUGCAUCUCAUCCAUCCCCACAUCCGCUGUGCACUCUUACGUCUUGUCUCUUACAUGAUCCGACGCUUGACAUCGCACACCCCUUGCCACAGCCUGAAACACACACGCCCGAUGAGUAAAUGAUGUGGUGCUGUGUGCGUGUGUAUGGGAGGGGUCAGGCGGGAUCCUCACCCUAUGAGGGCGAGGGUGGCGAGCAGCUGGAAGAGGCCGUGGUCCUUCGCGACGGCAUCGUUACUCAACUAGAGCACAUCCUGACUGUGAUGAUAUCCGCGACUCGAGUAUAUAGGACUCCGCAGAUAUAAAAUGAAGGCAGCGAUGUCUGAACAGAGACAGAGGAAGGGGGCAUUCGCCUUUCGCCAGCUUCUCUUGCUCUCUUGAUCUGUAAGAAAGAGGCUCAGUGAGUGUGUGUGAUACCCAGCUCUCCCAGGAAGCGGCCGAAAUGGCGAGGCAGGACAGGCACAGCCAGCACCCCCUCUCCGCCCACAGCAGCUCGGCCUCCUCGCGGCGCCUCUUGGCCAGCUCCGCCGCCCGUCGGCUCUCCCUCUUCGGCAGCGGCACCCAGUCCACGAUGGGCGGGUGGUAGAUGAUGAUGGGCGCUGGGGCCAGUGGGGGCCGUGGUGCCGCUGCCGGAUAGAGGGGGAUGUCGGGGAGGUAGUGCACCUGUCGCAGACCAAACAGAGAGAGGGAUUAAUGUGUGGUCUGCACUGGUAAGUCUGUUCGUGAUGCUUGUUUCUCACCAGGGGCCGCCCGACCUGCACGCCCACCUCCCUCGUCAGGUCGGCAUCCUGCAGCCAACAAACCAGCAGAGAUUUCCUCUCAGUUCAGUUGAUAGAAUGGCGUUUGUGUGGGGCCAUCUGCUCACUGUUAUGCCGGCCGCCCCGCGUGUCAUCUCUCCCCAACUAAACCGCCGCUCGUGGUCCUGUUGCGUGAUGGAUGGACACACAGGGCAGAGCAUUACAGUCCUGUCGACAACGCAUAUCGUGCCCCAACACACGUGAGCCAUCAUCGCGGGCGCAGGGGCGGUGACAUGUCGGCGGAUGACGGCCGGGCGGCGGCGGCUACGUCGGUCGGCUCGGCGCGGUGGGGCUGGGCGGAAAAAGGCCAUGAUCCGACGGUACACACGGCACAUCCCUUGCAGACUGAAACACACACGCCCGAUGAGUAAAUGAUGUGGUGUGUGUGUGUGUGCGUGUGUAUGGGAGGGGUCAGGCGGGAUCCUCACCCUAUGACGGCGAGGGUGGCGAGCAGCUGGAAGAGGCCGUGGUCCUUCCCGACGGCUUCGUUACUCAGCUAGAGCACAUCCUGACUGUCCUGAUAUCCGCGACUCUUCCAGCCUCCUCCCGGCGGCGGCCGGCCUCCUCGCGGCGCCUCUUGGCCAGCUCCGCCGCCCGUCGGCUCUCCCUCUUCGGCAGCGGCCCCCAGUCGAUGAUGGGCGGGUGGUAGAUGAUGAUGGGCGCUGGGGCCAGUGCGGGUCGUGGUGCCGCUGCCGGGUAGAGGGGGAUGGCGAAGAGAUAGUUGACCUGUCGCAGGGUGCACGCGUCACACGAGUACGUGACGACGUCGCCCACGCGGUAGGAGUUCCCCGUCUGCCGUCGGUGCGGGGGCUUGUUGAUGUCGGGGAUGGGGCACUCGAUGCGGCAAUAUAUUCCCGCAACGCCUUGGCAGCAGGGGGUCUCAUCGCUCCCUUCCCCGUCUGCAGCACACACAACACAUACACAUGCGCUUUUGGUUGCCGUCCACGGGAUCUCUCUCCUCUUUUGUGAAUGCAUCAUGAUCUCACCAUCCCAGACGGUUAGGACGUAUCGAGGUUGAUUCAUGCUGAAUGCAUACGCAAACAAGAACAUCAUCACGACAUACCAUCAACAGACACGGGCGGGCAGCCGCCCAACGUUUGCGUGUUGAGGACGAUCAUGCUGAAUGCAUACGCAAACAAGGACGGACGGCAUGACAUACUUACCAUCAACAUGCAGAUGCAUCUCAUCCACGCUGUUCAGUGGUCCGCUGUGUGUGUUCUUACGUGAUAAUGACAGCCGCAAGGGCCAGGGCCCCGACGGAAACGAGGGAAUGUUCGAGUUCCAUGACCUUUUCCUGCUCUGCAGCCACUGAAUGACGAACGAUCCCUCGAAGCUUCCCAUCCCGCUAUCCACUCUGGCUGCCGGCACCUGCAGCUGAAGAGACACAUACAUACAAAGUGGACACCUGACUGUCUCUGUGUGACUUCGCCUCCUUACGCGCCAGAAAGACAAUUUGUGACGACACAUCCACACGUCGAUGAUCAGUCGUCGUCGAAUAUAAAAUGUAAGCAGCGAUACCUAAUCACACACACGGACAGAUGAGAUGCGUGUGCGGGAUGGGACGGCUCUCUGGAUGUGUCUCCACUCACCCACCCCCAAUUGCCCACCCCUUCCACCCAAGACAUGGGGGGCUUUGUGUAGCCAAGAAAACGAUGUCCGCCCGCUGCAGCAGUGCCGUCAUGGCAUUCCAUGCCUCGCCCUCCGCCUGCUGCAGCAUGCUGUCCAGCGUGUUGAUGACCCUGCCCGCCGUCGCCUUAUCACCCGGCUCCGCCCACUCAAGGAGACCCGGGGCAGGCCCGAUGACAUCCCAAUGGAGCACAUCCAGCACAAUGAAGGGCUCCGCGGCCCUCUCCAUGCACAGCAGCUUGGCCAGCAGCUGUUGUGUGUGGGGCGAACGGUUUUGGUAGUAAAUGGCGGUACUGUCCGUGUCCACCACCGACGCAGCAGCUGCACUCGGGGCCAU